UAAGAAGAUAGAUGAGGAGCAAAUGGAAUUCUCUUUAGACUGUGAAAUGGCCUUCCAAUUCCAACCCAUUUUUCUUCUCCCUCUUUUCUUCAGCCAAUGCUUCACACACCCCAUCUUCUCUGGAGAUCAUACGCCUUUCAAGGGUCCCUUAAUAGACCCUUUCAUAGCCCUUAAUGGGGACAAAAAAUAUAGUGAUGGAAGCAAGGAAAAUGGCGGUAAAGGGGAGUACAACGGUGGAUGGGAGUUGGUUUCUCAUAACUCAGGUGUAAUGGCCAUGCAUAUGGUUUUACUUCCUAGAACUAACAAGGUGGUCAUGGUUGAGGCCGCAAACUUUGGACCAUCCCAAGUUCGACUGUCGAGAUGGAAAUGUCGUCUUUUUCUAAGAAAACGGGGGAUAAAUGACGAGGAUUGUUGGGCUCAUGCCGUAGAAUACAACACCAAAACUGCAGCUAUCAGGCCUCUCAAGGUGCACUCAAUUCAGAAUUUUGGUCGUAUAAUAACUUCGUCUUUUUUUCUUCUUUCGUAUCCUUUGUCAUAUGCAUAAGUAGGCAUGAUAAUGGAUGAGUUUUUUAGUACCCGUUUUGCCCUAUUCUUAGUAGGACGGAUUCGGAAUAUGUUUAAGCAUGUUGUAUAAUUUUCUCUUAAACCCGGAACAAGUUGAGGGAGAUUGGGCAUUCCCUUAUUCCACCAUAAUAAUUUUGCAACUACUAGGCUUCUCAUGAUCAGAUGGUGAUGAUAAUGGAUGAGUUUUUUCCAAUAUCCAUCUCGCCUUGUUUUUAGUGUGGGGUAGGCAAAAGGGGUGAUUUGCUAAUGGUUAUACAUAUGUCUAGCUCAUGAUCAGAUGGUGACCAAUGCAUGGGGGUCUUCGGGUGGGCUCUCAGCCAAUGGGACCCUUGUGCAAGCUGGUGGAUGGAGCAGUGGAGCUAGGACUGUUCGAUAUCUUUCAGGAUCCAAGGCCUCUCGCUGGAUUGAGUACUCUUGUGCACUUUCCAGAAAAAGAUGGUAUUCAACGCAACAUAUUUUGCCAAAUGGCAGGUUUGUAGUGAUCGGUGGACGUCGCAUGUUCAAUUAUGAAUUCAUCCCUAGACGUAAGAAAUCCACUUUCAAGGUUUUCAAACUCACAUUCCUAGAACGGACCACCGACGAUGUAGAGAACAACCUCUACCCAUUUGUUUUCCUUUCCACCGACGGGAAUCUCUUUAUUUUCGCUAACAACCGUUCGAUCUUAUUUAACCCGAUUACCCAUAAGAUUAUUCGACGCUACCCAAUUCUAUCUGGUGGGUCAAGAAAUUACCCGGCUUCUGGAAUGUCAGCUCUUCUCCCCAUCCAACUCCGUGACCCGAACCCGAAAGUCAUUCGUGCUGAAGUCAUCGUCUGUGGUGGUGCGAGGCCCGAGGCGGCGAAGCUAGCUGACAAAGGCGUGUACUUGACUGCACUCCAAGAUUGUGGGAGGAUGGAAAUUACAGCUGCAAAUGCCACGUGGACCAAGGAGGUGAUGCCAACACCGAGGGUCAUGGGAGAUAUGUUGGUCUUGCCCACGGGAGAUCUUCUAAUGCUUAAUGGAGCCAAGAGGGGCACCUCGGGCUGGAACUUCGCGGAUGAUCCGAAUUAUGUGCCCGUGCUUUACAAACCCGAUGGCCCGAUUACCCAACGGUUCACCGAACUUAAGGCAACAUCAAUAGCCAGAAUGUACCAUUCCACAUCAGCAUUACUGCCAGAUGGCACAAUCUUAGUGGCUGGUAGUAAUACAAAAAAUUAUUAUUUCACUAGGGGCACCAAAUACCCGACAGAAUUUCGGGUCGAGAAGUUUUACCCACCAUAUUUGGAUCCUCUACGGGUAUCGGACCGCCCAAAAAUAGAAACAAACUUCAAACGUAAAAUGGUAAAAUACGGAAAGGGUCUUACAGUAGUCUUUAAGUUGAAAACAAUACUAAGGGUGAAAUUAUCAGACUUGAAGGUGACCAUGUAUGCUCCACCAUUCACUACACAUGGAUUUUCUAUGAACCAAAGGCUUCUAAUAUUAGCUAAAAGGCAGUUGAUUAACACCGGCGGAGGAAGAUUUAGGGUUAGUGUGGUGGCGCCACCAUCGGCCAAGGUGGCUCCGCCGGGUUAUUACCUUAUUUUUGUUGUACAUCAAGGACUCCCUAGUCCUGGAGUAUGGACCAAAAUUCAUUGA